AUGCCCAAGCCGACGGUGUGGGCAGCGCGCAUCGAGCGGCUGCUCGAGGUGGUUGAGGAGGAGCAGCGGGCGCUGGUGCAGCUGGCCAGCCACCACCACGAGGAGCUGGGCCGAUCCUUGCAGCGCACCUUCUCCAGGAUCGAGGACCUGGAGCUGGUGAAGAGCCGCGGGAACCCCGCCAGCCUGGUCCUGGGCGCGCACGAGGAUGUGCCACUUGCGCCGCUGGCGGGGCCAUUGGCGGAGCUGCCAGAAUGGGUAGAGCCAGACGACCAAGAAGACAGGCCUGUGAGCAAGACUGCGGUGAGCACCCGCACCACCACCACCAGCGCACAGAACACCGGGGACUUGCUGGGUCUGGACGGCGGCGGCUUCGCAGAUCGAGGCAAAACGUUCACCGACAUGCUCGCCGGCAUGCUGGUGCUCCUGAACUCUUUGGUGAUGCUGGUGGAGCUGGAGUUGGAAGGCCGCGCUCUGGGGGCCCAACUGGGUGUGGACAGUGGGCCUCAGCUGAAAGAUGUGGCGCCAAUCUUUCGAACUCUGGACGCAGUCUUUGUGUUUGUCUUCCUCCUCGAGCUGGUUGUCCGCAUGUGCAUCGAGCGCAAGAGGUUUGUCUAUGAUGCGGCGAACUGGUUUGAUACCAUCCUUGUGGUGGCCGGCUUGGCCGAUAUGUUCGUAGGUUUGCCAGUGUCCGACACCGAAGACAAGCAAAGCAUUGUGAUGUUGCGUAUGGUGCGAGCUUUGAAGUCUCUGCGUGCCAUCCGCCUGGUUCGCACCUUCAGGUUCUUUCGGGGCCUGCGAAUGCUGGUGAAGGCCUGCUACUGCUUCCUGCCAUCUCUGGCAUGGUCCAUGGUCUUGCUGCUGGUCUUCAUGUGGAUGGCAACCUUGGUGCUGGGCAACCUGCUACAGGACUUUAUCCUUGACGCAACAAGAAACUUGGAUGACCGACUCUGGAUUUGGAACCGCUAUGGCACAGCCUAUCGUGCCAUGUACACCCUCUAUGAAAUUACCUUCGCUGGAAACUGGCCUACGAACGUACGGCCGGUGCUGGAGAAAGUGAGCCACGCCUACGUCUUCAUCUAUUUGCUGUAUGUUACCAUCAUUGUGUUCGCUGCGAUUCGAGUCAUUUCUGCGGUGUUCCUGAAGGACACCUUAGAGGCGGCGCGCAAUGACGACGAGAGUCUCGUGGUUGAGCGCCUUAAGAACAAGGCCAAAUACGUGCGAAAACUUCAAGAUCUGUUUUGCAUCCUUGGCGGCUCCGAGGACGGCAUGAUCACUGAGGAGCGGCUGGCGGAGAUCCUGCUGAACCCCAAGGCCAUUGCCUACUUCCAGACGCUGGACGUGGACGUCACCGAGAGCGCGGCGCUGUUUAGCUUGUUAGAUAAUGGUGACGGCGAGAUCACGCUGGAGGAGUUUAUCGACGGCAUCCUGCGCUGCAAAGGGCCAGCAAGGGCCAUCGACCAAGUGGUGCCGUGGCAGAGUCGAGUGCAUGGCAGUUGUGGAGGUUGUACUCUUUUUUUUGGUGCAGACGGGGUUCUCCACCUCAUUCUUGCCAACUCCUUCAAUUCCUUCACCUCCAUUUACUUGUUGAUCAUUGGUGGGAUGCAGAUUUCGCAAUUUCACUUGAGCAUCACCGAGUUUGGCGCGUGCGUCACGGGGACUGCUUAUCGAUGGGGCACUCUGGUCCGAGCAAGCUAA